CACGCUAACCCCCCUCCCUAUCAUUUUCCCUCUCUAUCACUCUUUGCUGGUAGAUAUUUUUAGAUUUCACUGGUUAAAGCUUGUCUCUUCUCAGCGCUUCUACACACUGGGUCGGCACACACAGAUGCUGUAGAUAGAACAACUCGGGCACAGGACUCAGCCUACAGAGAACCUUGUUCUCCAUCAAGGAAUAAAUUCCACUUUCUUAUGCAAGAAUACUACCCUUUGAGAAGAUGCACAGAGAGCUGAACCAGAUGGGAUUGUAUCGCUUAUAAGUUUUAACUAGGAGAUUUCAACAAAAAGGGGCAACAGCAACUUCCUCUUUUCUCAAAUUUCCUUCCAGUGUGCAAGAUCUUGCUUUCUUUCAACGCUUGCUGUAAGGCCACUUCUCAUGCCGUCCGCCAUAAAUGCAGCGGUGGCUCAGCAGGCAGCUGCCGGGUCAGUUCCUAGCACUACCAGCACAACAACUGAAGGUACAGGGGGAGGCACAGGAGGGAUUUAUUCUGCCAUUAUAAGUCGCAACCAGCCCAUUAUCAAAGUAAAGGAAAAGACCUAUGAAGAGCUUCACAAGAAGUGUCUGGAGAAAAACAUUCUCUAUGAGGAUCCUGAUUUCCCACCUAAUGAGACUUCCCUCUUCUACAGCCAGAAAGUCCCCAUCAAGUUUGAAUGGAAAAGACCACGUGAAAUUUGUGAGAAUCCACGAUUUAUUAUUGGUGGAGCCAACAGAACAGAUAUCUGCCAAGGAGAAUUAGGCGAUUGCUGGUUCCUGGCUGCCAUUGCUUGCCUGACACUGAAUAAAAAACUGCUCUGCAGAGUCAUACCUCAUGACCAGUCCUUCAUACACAACUAUGCUGGCAUCUUUCACUUCCAGUUUUGGCGCUAUGGAGACUGGGUGGAUGUCAUCAUUGAUGACUGCCUACCCACAUACAACAACCAGCUGGUCUUCACCAAAUCCUCCCAGCGCAAUGAGUUCUGGAGUGCUCUCCUGGAAAAGGCCUAUGCAAAACUCCAUGGAUCCUAUGAAGCUUUGAAAGGAGGCAACACCACGGAGGCGAUGGAGGAUUUCACUGGAGGGGUGACAGAGUUCUAUGAGAUAAAGGAUGCUCCUAAAGAUAUCUAUAAAAUCAUGAAACAUGCCAUUGCCAGAGGAUCCCUCAUGGCCAGCUCCAUUGAUGAUAACCUAGGCUUUUCCUAUGGAGCAGCUCCUCGAAGUGACAUUAGAGAAAUGAUUGCUCGAAUGGUGAAGAAUCUGGAAAAUGCACAGAUGAGUCACUCCACUGUGGACCACCAGGGGACAGAUGAAAGGCCAGCCUGGACUAUAAUGCCAAUGCAGUAUGAAACUCGGAUGUCUUGUGGGCUGGUCAAAGGUCACGCAUACUCAGUCACAGCUGUGGAAGAGACAACAUUUAAAGGGGAAAAGAUACGUCUGAUAAGGCUGAGAAACCCGUGGGGACAGGUGGAGUGGAAUGGACCUUGGAGCGAUAAAUCAGAAGAGUGGAACUUCAUUAAAGAAGAAGAGAAAAUUCGCCUGCAACACAAGAUUGCGGAAGAUGGGGAAUUCUGGAUAUCGUUUGAAGAUUUUAUGAGGCAUUUCACAAAACUUGAGAUCUGUAACCUCACACCUGAUACUUUGGAAGCUGAUAAGCUUCAGACCUGGACUGUGUCAGUCAACGAAGGACGCUGGGUGAGAGGCUGCUCAGCUGGAGGGUGCCGCAAUUACCCAGAUACAUUUUGGACCAAUCCCCAAUAUCGCUUGAAGCUCCUAGAGGAAGAUGAUGAUCCUGAAGAUGAAGAGGUUAUCUGCAGCUUCCUGGUAGCACUGAUGCAGAAAAACAGGAGGAAAGAACGCAAGCUGGGAGCCAACCUCUACACCAUUGGCUUUGCCAUCUAUGAGGUACCCAAAGAGAUGCACGGUACUAAGCACCACUUGCAAAAGGAUUUUUUCCUCUACAAUGCUUCCAAAGCUAGAAGUAAGACCUAUAUAAACAUGCGAGAAAUCUCUGAGCGCUUCCGGCUGCCUCCCAGCGAGUAUGUCAUCAUCCCAUCCACAUACGAACCCCACCAGGAGGGAGAAUUCAUCCUGAGGGUUUUCUCAGAGAAAAGAAGUCUUUCAGAGGAGGUUGAAAACAUGAUUGAGGCAGAUCGCCCAUCAAAGAAGAAAAAAGGCAAGCCUAUCAUCUUUGUUUCUGACAGAGCAAACAGCAAUAAGGAGCUGACAACACACGAAGAUGCUGGCAAAGAUGGUGAAAAAACCCACGUAGAUGAGAAAAAGCGGUCUUCAGCAAAAGCUCGUGAGAAGAGUGAAGAGGAAACACAGUUCAGGAAUAUUUUCCAACAGAUUGCAGGGGAUGACAUGGAGAUCAAUGCCGAAGAACUCAGGAAUGUUCUCAACAACGUUGUUAAAAAACAUAAGGACCUAAAGACAGAAGGAUUUGAACUAGAAUCUUGCCGCAGCAUGAUUGCUUUGAUGGAUACAGAUGGCUCAGGGAAGAUCAACUUUGAUGAGUUCCGACACCUCUGGGACAAAAUCAAAAGCUGGCAGAAAAUCUUCAAGCAUUACGAUGCUGACCAUUCAGGAACCAUUAACAGCUAUGAGAUGCGCAAUGCAGUCAAAGAUGCAGGGUUUCGGCUGAACAACCAGCUCUAUGACAUCAUCACGAUGCGCUACGCUGACAAGAACAUGAACAUCGACUUUGACAGCUUCAUCUGCUGCUUUGUGAGACUGGAUGCUAUGUUCAGGGCAUUCCACGCCUUCGAUAAAGAUGGAGAUGGAAUCAUAAAACUCAACGUCCUGGAGUGGCUGCAGCUCACCAUGUACGCCUAACAUCAAGGAGAGCCUUAAUCAAGGACCUGCUCCAGAUUGCUGUUUUAAGUAAUGAACUCCAUCCAUCCCCCAUUACAAAUGAGCAUUUUGCAAGAUUCCUGCUUUGCUCACCAAAGAUAAAAUGUGCGUGAAAGAACGAAGAGACAGCCACGCUGCAGCAAGCAAAGCAGUGCUCACUUCCUGUACCUACUGCUGUAGUAUCUCCAGGACAUUUACAUUCAACCAUGAGGAUUAAUUUAUUGAUGACUGUAUUUAGGUUUUCCUGCAUGUUAAGACACAGAGCAUACACCUUAACUCUGUUUAUAUUGACAGUUGGAAGCACCAUCUCUAUAGUCAGUACAGAUCAGGUAAAACUGAGUCUGGAUCUGAACUGUGCAAGUCAAAAGUGUCUCCUACCACCUUGUAAUUAGUCAUUAACUCUGUUCUGAUGUUGCUACUACCAUUUCAGCCUUUUCAUACCGUUAACUAUUUCACUGAGAUUGUGCUAAUUACAUUAAUGAGUCAUGAUCACAUAUGUCUUUACAGCUGUAGCUUUGUGGGUUGAUUCUCUGUUGUGCUGGAAAAGUGGGCACCAUGCACAGCAGACUGCAGUGUCUGUGUAUGCCUUGCUCUGAUGCCUCAGUAGAAGCAGCAGAACUAAACUACUUGCUCUCGUUUUUAGUAUCUCCAUGCUACCAUGCUUGGACAUACAAUAGUUUUAGAGUGCUGGUUUUUUGGUGUUUGUUUGGUUUUUAUUUUGUUUUUUUGUUUUUUUCUGUUUUUUGUUUUUAAUUGUAGCCCAUUUUCUGUAACAUUGAGAAAGUGGUUUUCCGCUUUCAAGGAAGCAGUUCAAGAAAGAAAAAAAAACACAUAAAGUAUACAUUAAUUACAUACGCACACUUGUCUUCAGCGUCCUAUUUUUCUUAACUAACAGUUUCUGGGUUCUCUUUUCAUCUCAGAACUGCCCAGACCCCAACACAGGCAGAGUACUGAGCACUGUCCCAUCAUUCUUCUGGAGCUAGAGCAGCUGGUUUUAUCACAGACACUUACUGGCUUACUUCAGAUGCACUGUAAAACGUGAGCUUGAUGGGCUUUCAGAACUGGUCAGUGAUCAGCACAAAAAUGGAUAGAAAAACAGCAACAACAGAGAGCACGAAGGCCAGACUUUAUCAGGAGAACUUCUUCUGAGAGGAAAGCCACUCUCAUACACGUGGUCACAAGGCAACAGAGGAUGACAGGGCUAAAAAGCAGCAGCAGAAAGCAAUCUGCUACAGUAAAGCAAAACUACAAAAACAAAUCUUGGCAUCUACCCAACAUUAUUCUGAUAGUUUGUACAUUUAACUGAGGGAUUACUAAGAAACACAUAAACCUUUUGACUACAUAGAGUUCUUAAUAUUAUUGUCUUGUACUGUAACUUCCUCUGAAAGAGUAAGAGAAUCAUAGUUUAUGUAAUGAGUUAACCUUUAAGCUCAGCUUUUGUUUUAACCCAACUUAAGUCUCCAUGAUGACUGGAAUACUAGAAGCCCUGGGUUCCAGCCAUGCAUUAUCUCCACUAAGCUGUUAUUUUCCAUACAAAAAUAAGGCAGAUGCUCUUGGUUGGGGUCUUCACAGAAAAACAAAGUCUACCAGUCAAAAGAUCUGGAUUUUUUGACUGGCAAUUGAAACUGGCUCUAAACCUCCCAGCGAGUGAAAAACAGUUCUAGAGAACCUCCCUUUGCAACAAGCCAUGAAGCAAGCCUGUCUCAGUGCAUUGUCUUGUGGCCUCUGUUGGGUGGAUGGUUUCCAUCUUUCCUGCUGAACUAUGACAUCUUCGAUUCCUGCACCCUGCAAGCAGAAAACUGCAUCAGCCCUCUCUGUCAGCACUGAAGCUUGGCCACUGCAGCGUAAAAUACACAGCUCCAGAACAACCUGGCUGACUUCAGCCAGCCACAAAGGGAACAUCAUGUUGUACUUUACUGAACCCUGUGAAAGAAUCUUUCUAUUCCAAACAAAGAAGACUGACAAACCAUAAACAAUAUAAAGAACUUUUAUUUUUAUUUUCUUUUCAUUUUUUUGGCUGUGUGAAGUUUCAUUAUUACACUCACAGUUUCGUACCAAAAUGAAAGAGGGAAAGCAAGGUCGAUCUGUGCAAAUGUUCUACAUAGCUUAAGUCAUUACUCAACCAUGUUGUUUUAUUCCACUUUAAAAACUUAUUAAUAUUUGCAGCCAAAUGAAAUUUGAGAAGCUGGCAGGUGCAUAUGACAGAAUAUAUACCUACACAGUUUGCUCUUUACUUUCACCAUUGAAUAUUUUACAAUUAGCAGCUGAUACAGUUUCCUUAUCCUUCCUCAUAUAUUCUGCAAUUCUGGACAACUUAAGACUAUGUUUGAACUAUAGUACCAUAAAAGCCUGAAAACCAAGAUUUAUCCAGACCUACACUUCAAUUUUAGAGAAUGAAAAAAAUCUUUCUAGCACCAUGCUUUUAUUUCUGGGAACCUGCAGUUUGUGAGCUUUCAGUCAUUGUCUACCAUGAUUUAGCACAAGUACAUGGUUUGUAAGUGUGCACAAAGACCUGUGCUACUUCAGCGCAGCACAGAGCUGAACUGUUUGGAAGGUCCACAACCACACACCUUAAUCAAGGCAAGCAGAAGCUGGGGUAUGUAAUGCAUCUUCAUACAAACAGAUGCAAGUUUUCCCUCUGGCCCCUUCCAGACAGGGAAGCAACAGCACUAGGCCAUGCAGUGCUGCGCUGUCAGUUAGCUAUUAUUUUUCCUUUGAUUUGAAGGAAAAUGGAGCAAAUAAUACCAGUCUAAGCACUGUUUUUUGAUUCAACACAUGUGAGCAUGUCAGAUAAAGCUUUGUGGCACAUUUGAACUUUUGAAGUGAUUAUUUUAUGCUACUUGCACUCUUCUUUUUGAGCUUGGGUAGGGCUUAAUAUAAGCGCACCACAACACAUUUCCCCACUUUUGAAAAGAAUGAUAUCUAACUGGUUUCAGUAAAGCCUCUCCCAUCUCCAUAUUACAAAAGAUACAUACAGUAACUCUGAGCACUUCAUGCCCAUUGAGGACUCACAGCUGAACAAGCAGCAUUGCACUGCUAAGAAGAGAACGGUGACUUCCACCCACAUUCCCUCAGCAUUCUGCAAGUCCAGAGCUCAUAUCUAACAUUUGACUAAUGAAAUAAAACAGCUAACCGUAAAAAUCAACCCUCACUUCACUCACUCUUCCACACCCACAACUCCUUAGUUGCAUAAAAACCAAACCCAUAACAAAAACAGUCCUGAACACUGGCUUCAGAUGUGUAGUGCUGCUUCUCACACGGAAGUUGCCCCACUCAUAUUUCACAAUGGCCCUUCCUGACCACUCUCUGACCAGAGGUAUACCACAAGUCAGAACCCCCAGUUGCAAACCUGGAGAGGACCUAAUCAAUGGUUGCCAAUCGAACACACCAAUUUACCAUUGCUCUUCUGCAACCACAUGUGGAGGAAACAAACAGCCAUUAAUGGAAGCUGCAUUCCCCACAGAAGUCCAAGGAAGUAUGUGGAAUUUCAUAUCUGCAUGACAACUUCCUAGCAAAUCCUGUUAAGAUAACCUCAUGACAAAGCAGCACAAUAUUUCCUCUGAGCCCUUAAGUAAUAUACAUAUAUCUUUUUAUACAUACAAAGCAAAAUUGAUAAGCACUCAUGCAGCUCUGCUAUUUUCCUGUCUCUUAUCCAUUUUAAAGAUUCUGAAAAUGGAUCUGUAAUCACCUAUGAAGUAGCAAAAGACACCACUGGUAAAGCUGGAUUUCCAAAGUCCAAAAUUUUGGAUCGGACUGUUUUUAAGAACAGAGAAGGAAAUAUCACUGACUACAAGAAAAGUCUCCUUUUACACCGUCUAAAAAAGAUCAACACAAUAACUAACCAGGAAUGCAAAUAAAGUGUAAUAACUGCCUUUGUUGCAACAUUUAGUGAGAAAGAUCUCUGCACAUUCCUGAAAACAAAGGCAUCAGCUGAGAGGAUAAGAAUCACCAAGUAUCAAAAUCUACUUUCACACACAAUGUUUAGUGAUAGAACCACUCCACAUGCUUGUCCUUUGACCACAGAGCUCCACACCAUCACUUCAGUAACAACUUAUGAAGAAUAGCUCAAAAAGUCAAUAUUGUUUCCUUCCAUACUUCUACAUCUCCCUCACUGGGGUUCAAAAAAACCUCUUUAAUAUCAGUCAUGGUGGAAAUAGUUUAAGUCAUAUGAAACCCUCUACUUAUUAAAAAAAAAAAACCCACAAAAAAA